AUGCUUCGUCGACUUGUACCCUGCGCAGCACGGCUGCACUCGAGGGGCUGUGGUGCCGCUGGUGUCUGUGGCAAUGCCCAGUAUGCUUCCGCGGCGAACGCAUCGGCAGCGAUGUCUGUCAGCCCCUCCACAAAGCUGUUCGACGGCACCGUUCCCGAUAUUCCAAAUCUGAACUUCCUUUCCACUCCGGACAAUCUGCUGAAGACCGUGGAUGCUACGGUGGAGGUAUGUGACACGUUGCUGAAGGCGAUUCCAAAGGCAACGACGCCGCAGGCCAAGCAUGACCUGAUCGACUCUACCAGCAAUGUGCUCUGCCUGCUGCUGGAUCCCUGCGAGUUUGUGCGUCAAAUUCACCCAGAUGAGAACUACAAGCGGGGCGCCUCCCUCGCCUUCCAGAGGGGGUACGAGUACAUGUGCGAGGUGAACUCUCGGCGUGACUUGUACGACGUCAUUAAGGAACUAGAUAGCCCGGAAGGCCGCAAAGGUCUGACGGCGGAGUCCAUCAAGAACGUUGUGCAGCUGAGGCGGGACAUGGAGAACAACGGCAUUCAUCUUCCAGACGCGCAACGCGCCAAGGUGACUGAGAUGAACAUCGAAAAGGAAGAACUGGCGAUGCGCUUCUUGACGGAGCAGGGCUCCUCAAACCCUUUCAGCUCUCUCCGCUACCUUCUGCAGUGCCGCUACGAGCUGGCCCAACUGCUAGGGUUUGAGAGCUACGCCGAGCAGCAGCUACGCGGGACGAUGCUGGAGAAUCAGCAGAACGUGUGGCACUUCUUGUGUAGCAUCGCGAGCAAGUACCGUUCGCAGGCGGAGGCGGAGGCAGAGAUCAUUCGUAAACACGUUGGUGAGGUGCGCAAUCGUGUCAACAUCACCGACGAAUUUCGCGCCCGUGUGGCGGCUUCGAUACGGCGUGAUGCGGAGCCGGAGAAUGCGCUGGAGUACUUCUCUGUCGCGAACUGCGUUCGCGGCAUUCAAUGCCUCUGCUCAGAGGUCUUUGGCGUGAAGCUGGAGGAGGUCCCCUUGAACCCGGAAGAGAUCAUCAAUGACAGUGCCAAGAAGUUUCACGUGUACGAUGAGCACAAGAAGUUUCUCGGCGUGAUUGUGCUGGACAUGUACAUGAACGAGAUGAAGUACUGCCAGGCUGGUCACUUGACGCUGCAACUAGGCUGCGUGCCACACCAAGAGGCCCUCGCCACGGUUGGGCUGCGCUUACCGAAGCGGCAGUACCCGGUAGUUGUCCUGACAGCAAACGUUGGCGCGCUGAAGCCGGUGCAGCGUCGCCCCGAUGGCACAUACGAUGAUGAAUCUACCUUAAUGCAACCGAAUGAGGUGACGACCGUUUUUCAUGAGUUCGGCCACGCUAUGCACACCAUCUUUGGACAGACUCAGGUGCAGAACCUGGCCGGCACCCGCUCGAGCAUCGACUAUGUUGAGACGUUCUCGCAGCUGUUUGAGCAGUUUCUUUCGUCGCAUGAGUUCUUGAAGCUGUGGGCGCACCGCAUCAAUACUCGUGAGCCGAUCUCUUUCGACAUUGUGCAGAAGCGCAACAAUGCGGCGAACAUGUUCAAACACCUGGAUAUGCUGGACCAGGUGGUACUCUCCGCAGUGGACCAAGCCUUGCACGGACCACAGCCGUUGACGGUGUACUUCCCGCACGGUGACCAGGGUCACGUGGGCAAACGCACGCUGGGGGACCUGGGCGACUACGGCCGCGGUGGUUUCAACAUGGCCCGCGCACUCAUUCAGGUGGCAAAGCCGCUCUCCGUUGCCGAGCCAACCGAAGCCGGUGUCCUGGGUACGCUGUCCUUCGAACACCUUUCUGGAUACCCGGCCGGCUACUAUGGCUACCUCUACAGCCUGAGCGUGGCGCGCCGAAUCUGGACGAAAAAGUUUGAGCGUGACCCGCUCAACCGCGACGCUGGGCGUGAGCUAGUGGAGAAAGUGAUGUGCCACGGUGCUGCCUGCGACCCACGGGAGACCAUCGAGCACUAUCUCGGCGAUAUCCUCACAGAUAUUGACAUUUGGGCCUAA